CUGCUGCUGCUCAGGCACGGGCGAGCAAGAGAGCGAGUGCAUGUGCGGUGCGACGACACGAUCGAAGAUGGCGAGGGUAGGGUUUUAGGCCGCCGAUGCAGAGCUGCCAAGCAGCAGACGCCAAAGCACCUCAACGCUACUCACCAGCCGCAAGCACCCGUUGACUGUUCUUCUUCCUCUUCUUCUUGUUCCGUUCAGAUAAGUCGGUGACGGCUGCUGCCGCUGCUGCUGCCGCUGCUGCUGCCGCUGCUGCUGGCGUUGAUCUCUUUCUCUCGCACGCACGCAUCUGCUGCCCCUCCGCUAACUAAGACUUCAGAGAGACUUCGUGAGAAGAAGAAGACGACGACGGCAGCGGCAGAGGAGAAAUUCGCCCUUCUCGUUCGCACGCGCGCACCUAUCAUCGAACUAACGUAGUUAAGUCUCCCGCGACACCAGCCAGUAGCUGCUCCCGGCUCUAAUAAAGGUCGCCGCCGACGCGCAACUAACGCGCGCGCGCGCGCGCGCACAGGGCCGAAAUCGAGAGAGAAAGAGAGAGAGAGAGAGAGAGAGAGAGAGAGAGAGAGAGAGAGCGAAAAAUCUGGCGGCAGCGAAAAAGAGGAAAAGAGACGUAUAAAAAAGAAAGGGCGGCUUAAUUGGACUGCGCGCGAGCGCGAGCUGCCACAUCGUCGUCGCUUAUCUCUCCACUUGCUGUUGCCGGUGCCACUUAAGCGUUUCGUAUAUAUAGAAGCCGGUGGCGCGGCAGCGGGCCAAGCUAAUCGAAAAAAAUCCCGACUGCCAAAUUAAGAGCGAGCGGCAGGGGCAUUCGUGCAAGCAAGUCAGUAGCCCCCUGCGGGCGCGUGUCUAUAUCGACACUCGAACUGCUCGAUAAGGGGGGGGAAACUGAUUCGGGGGCCGGAGAGAGAGAAAAAAAACACGAGCCGAGGGAUAAAAAAGACGAUCGCGUUAAUAGGCCGCGUGAAUAAUCGGCCGGAAAUCGGGCGAAAUCAAACAUGAGGAUUCGUCGCAAACUCAAGAGGAAGAAGCCACUUACGGGCGCGCCGAGCUAGACGCCCACCCCACACGCCGACGUUCUUUCAGCGGCUGACGAAGUUCCCCCUGCGGCUACACUACUGGCCUAGCACCACGAACACGCGCGCGCACGCACACACACGCCACGCGUAUAUAAAGGGGAGCAUCGUUUUUCGCGGACGUACCCAACGAGCGAGAUGGAGAAAUAGAGAAAGAGAGAGAGAGAGAGAGAGAGAGAGAGAGAGAGAGAGAGAGAGAGAGAGUGAGGCGGAGUAAAGUGCAGAAUUGGAAUUCCCGGGCGACAUCGAUGCCCGAGAGCCAGGGACCCACAAUCGAACAUGUGUGCUGCUCCGCUGCCGCUGCACAGCUGAAGAUUAAGAGCCGAUGCGUGCUGAGCUGAGCUGCUCGUUCGCGAGAGAAAUUAAUAAAUGUGCAGAGAGAGAGAGAGAGAGAGAGAGAGAGAGAGAGCAGCCGAAUGGCGUAGGAGGGUUGGCUCGUAGAAGGAAAUGGUUAUAGGGUGCGCGAUAUUUUGCGGACCACGAUUGCGACGCGAUAUACACGGCACCAAGACGAUUAUUGCCGCGCGAGAGUGAAUUAUUGCCCCUUUCUGCACAGCGCCUGGCAAAAAUUCAAUUGCGUCGAUUUUUCCGAAUAAGCGAUUAGGCCCGGCCUCUCGUCUACCCGCCAAAUUACGACGCCAGCCAAAGUGCGUGAGCAAAUUGUUGAUUGCCGCCAGACGAAGGGCGAAGGUAUUCUCUCUGUCUUUCACUCUCGCUCGCUCACUCUCUCUCUCUCUCUCUCUCUCUCUCUCUCGCUUUCGCGCGCGCGCGCGCGCACUAUCUCUCGUUGAAACAAGAGAAGAGGGAAUUACCGACGACGUGCGAGAGAGACGGACAGCUUUUCAAGAAAAUGAAGAAAAGCUGAAGGUCUUGGAGGCGAUUGUUAUCGUAAUUUGUUAGCACAAACUUUUGAAGCGCUUCCGUUAAAACCCGUAAAGAUGCAUUUAUAAUUUGUUUAGAAUAGAAGACUGUAUGCUUCUCUAAAAACACAAAAUAGGAUAAGUAAAUCUGUUGAUCACUCUCGAAGAGUAGAAAAGAGUUUUGAUUCAAUAAAAAGCCGUUAAUGCUCGAUUGGAAAGAGCGGGGGUGUCGAAGCAUAUAAGCGAUCACAAAUAUUAAACGUGGGGGAAUAGCAAAACAAACACAAAGGCAAGCACGCGUGCAUAAAAGAGAAAAAAAGUAUCCUUCGGGGGAUACAUAAUAACGAGUCCGAGACAAAUAGUCACGGGCAAGUGUUGCUCAAGUGGUGGUAAGAACCAAAAAACAAGAGAGAGAGAGAAAAAAAAAAGGAAAAAAAUUUGUCGGCGGCACCAAAAAUGGAUGGUCUGGGCAAACGCGUCAUUUAGCCGUAAGCGCAAGGGGUCUUCGAACUUUCCAGAGAGCGAGAGAAAAAAAGGGGGGAGAGAGAGAGUAGAAACACAACGAUGCGCCCUCGCAAUCAGCAACGGCGGCAGCAGUGCCAGCAACAGCAGAAGCAGCAGCAGCAAGGGUGGAAAGGACCAAGGGUUGUUGCGAGCUGAGCUGGACGUCACGCGCCGGAGGUAUCCCGCUAUUGUGGUGGUGCAGGGGUCGCAACAUUGGCGUGGGGUGAGCCCGAGCGAAAGAUUGACGGCCGCAGAGAGCGAGGAAGAGAGAGAGAGAGAGCGAGAGAGAGGAGCCUGUAUAUAUGUAGAGCUUGCGCGUUUUUACUAUACAAAUCACAACACUCGUGCAGCUCUCGUUUUCACGGCGUUUAGGGAAAAGUAAAGCUAAAGAACUCGAAGGGCAACAAGUGAACACGUCGCUCUCUUUUUUCGGCCUCCUUCCUUCGACACAUCGAGCUUAUUAAAUGACGAGCUAUCUUAGGGGCAGUCCAGGCUAGAGCGGUAGAAGCAGCUAACAUCCGAGGGGGAUAAAUCAUCGGCGGCAGGAGGGGGUGGGAGGUCGGCUUCGGCCGCACGGCUCGUAAAAUCGUCGCCCCAUCUCUCUUUCUCUCUCUCUCUCUCUCUCUCUCUCUCUCUAUCUCUCUCUCUCGCUCUUUGGUGAGCGAACGGUGCGUGCGAGGAAAAGUGGCCCGAGCAGAGAAAAUUCCCAGCCUGUUCUGCUCACGCGAAAGGGGAGACGAGCGAAAGAGAGCGAGAGAGCGGCGUUGGCGUUAUCGAGCGCGAGAGCGAUUGCGCGCUUGCGCCGCCGCGGGUACGGGAAGGGGCCGGUUCACAGACUACACGACUCGCCGCGCUACUCGCCUCUCGCCGCAGCAGCAGUCAGUCGAUCGUCGGCACUAGCCGGCAAUGCAACAACAAUCACCCACUGUCAGUUGGUGAUUCCAACGCCGGCCGAGCCCAGCCGUACAGGUACGCUCGAGAGCGAGCAACAUGACCAACACGCCCAGUCGGGAGACACCGCCGCCGCAGCAGCCGGCCGCCGACGAGGCCGUGCAACUGACAGAGCUGCGACCGGUCGAGCAGUCGAGGAUCAAGGAGACCACUGCCGGGGACGACACCUGCGUCACCGACGGCCUCAAAGCUCUGCGGAGCUUCUCGCGCCGACAGCUCGACGAGUUCCAGCAGUUUGGCUCGCAGUAUCCGAGGAAGAGGAAGGCCGAACGAUGGAAACACCUGAGUGGCGCCGAGUUCGCCGGCCUCGACAGCGAGGACGACGAGUGCGUUAAGCGCAUCAACGGCAUUCGCCGCAAACGGAGCGGCGUCAAACUAAUCGACCCUCUCCACGACAUGAUCAACGACAACGACGAGGAGGACGAGGAGGACGAGGAGGAGGUAGACGAGGACGAGGAUUUGUACCACGGUAUCAACGGUGACUUUGACUACCUCGACGAGAGGAACGUCGAGGAAGUGUACGUGUACCGACAGCGCGAUCCGUGCUCCAGCCCCGAGCUGGAAAAGCUGGCCGCCGCGGGAGGUGCACAGCCGGUGGCCGAGCGCGUCGCCGCGAGAAAAGACGAGGAGGAGGAGGAGGCGGAGGAGGGGGAGGAGGAGAAUCAGGAACCGGCGAAAGCGCCGGCCAAGCGGCCGCGAGGGCGACCGCGGAAGAAAAAAUUGGCGAGGCCGAGGAGAAAGGAGAAGGAGCCGGCGAGCAGCGAGACCGAGAAGUUCGCGGACAGCCCGGAAAAAGAGCUGCAGAGCAAGAUCAACGACAUCAUCAAAGCCAACUACCUGCUCGAGCAGGAGAACAACAACAUCGUGGAGAGCAGCGACAACAACAACGAGCUCGACAAGCGGUCCGUGGUCCAGGCGAGCAGCAAGGACUCCUCGGAGGAGUCCUCGGAGGAUCAGCAGCGGCGGCAGCCGGACCCGCCGAAGAAGUACAGCUGCGAGCUGUGCGAGGCGCGCUUCAAGGGCAGCGGCGGUCUGCGCAACCACUACAAGGUGGUGCACUCCAAGGGGCCGCUGUUCAAGUGCGACGAGUGCGGCAAGGAGUUCCCGCUGAAGGAGCGGCUGAAGCUGCACGUGCGCACCCACACCGGCUUCAAGCCCUACAAGUGCGACGAGUGCGACAAGAGCUUCGCGCGGGGCGGCCAGCUGGUGCAGCACCGGCGCACCCACAGCCAGAUCAAACCGUACAGCUGCGAGCUGUGCUCGGGCACGUUCACCUGCGCGGCCAACCUGGCGCUGCACGUCAAGCGCCACAACGGCCAGAAGGACCACAAGUGCGACAUCUGCGGGCGCGGCUUCGUGCGCCGCGACGCCCUGAAGAAGCACCUCGAGUGCCUGCACCGCGACGUCAAGUCGUUCCUCUGCUCGAUCUGCAACAAGACGUUCAAGGGCCACCUGCCGCAGCACAUGCGCACCCAUGCGCAGGACCGGCCGCACGGCUGCGCCACCUGCGGCCAGCGCUUCGCGCAGAAGAGCCAGCUGACGGUGCACCAGAGGACGCACUCGGGCCAGAGGCCGUUCCGCUGCCUGGUCUGCUGGCAGGCGUUCGCCCACUCGACCGCGCUCAAGCUGCACACCAGGCGGCACACCGGCGAACGGCCGUUCAAGUGCGCCGAGUGCAGCGCCGGCUUCACGCAGCUGCCGCACUGGAAGAAGCACAUGAAAUGCAUCCACGGGCGCAGCGAGCCCUACUGCUGCCGCAACUGCAACAGCUUCUUCAGGAUCAAGAACGACCUGGAGGCCCACGAGAAGGGCUGCCUGGCCAAGGACCAGGACGAGGACAGCGGCGACGUGUCGGCCAGCGCUAUGGCCAAGUUCCGCAACAUGUCCAUCGAGAAGAUGAGGCUGCUGCUGGCCGUGCUGCUCAAGCGCAUAUCCAAGCAGGAGAGGCUUGACGAGCUGGGCUUCGGCAAGCGGCUCAUCGACGAGGUCCUCGUCGACUCGCUCGAGUCGGCGGGCAAGGAGGCGGUCAAGGCCAACGGUCUCAACACCGAGUUCGAGGCCUUGAGGAAGAACCUGUCGGUCUUCCUCGAGUGGACGGUGCCCAAGGAGCACUGGGACAACUUCCGCAAGCUCAAGAAGACGCCCGAGGAAGUGCUGGAGACGCUCACAGCCACGUAAGCGCGUACUUAGCCGUCGUCUCGAGAGAACCACGGCCGGGGGGGAGCAAGGGGUUAGGCGUUGUAUAGAGGGGAGAGGGGAAGGAGAGAGAGAGAGAGAGAGAGAGAUCAAUGUCUCGCUUCACUCUCUCUCGCUCUCUCUCUCUCUCUCUCUGUCUCUCUCUCUCUCUCUUUCUCUUCCGCAUCAGUGCCAUAGGACGUUUGCCCGGUUUGGUUAUCGCAUAUACAUAGCGCGUUUGGGGACUCGAGGUGCAAUUGAUUGCGAGAUUUGCAAAAGGGAAUAUGGCUCUUUUGAUUCGAAUGUAUAAAAGGGGUUGGUUGCUGGCAGGAUUUCAAUGAGCACGCACACGCGAAAACGGGUUGCCAAUGAGAUUCGGAUGAGGUCUCCACUGCGGGGACGCUGCGUGAGCGGGCACAAGUAUAUUAUUUCCAAAAUACUCGGAGAGUAAGUGGCAUUUCUAGAUUGGAUGAACACACGGAGAGAAGAUAGAGAGAGAAAGAGAGAGAGAGAGAGAGAGUGAAGAAAAUUUAUGAUCGAUUUUCGACGAAAGUCUCUGUAAUUGUAUAAUGUAUUUUAGCGCGAAAGAAUUUUAAAAGAAGAAUUAAAGCGUGUAACGCUUGGCCGUACUAAUUGAUAAAAAUAGCGCACGAAAAGCAUAGACGUAUAAAUUGCACUCGCCUUUCAUCUAUAUUUGUACACUGACAAUGCUAAUCUUAACCGUACCGAGCUGUAUACCAAAACGCAAAAAUGUUAUUCUAUCCUUCUGUGUGUGUGUGUAUGUGUAGGCGCGUGCCACGCGUGUGUGUCGAUUUGUCACAAGACUUGCGAGAGAGAGAGAGAGAGAGAGAGCCAGAGAUAAAAAGAGAUUUCGAUGCCCUGGAAUGGAGUCUACGAAGGUCGAGCGAAGCACACGCGAGCGCAACCGCGUCACUUAACAUUUAUAGUGAGAUGAACAUAUGUUAUUUACAAGAAAAAUUACAAGGUUUUUUUAUCCGAAGCUAAAGCUUUCAGUGAGAUUUUUCUCUACUCUAUUGUGUUCACAGCCAGACUUAAUCCAAACGAAUCGUUGUUAUACAUAGAGCAAGCUUUUUCUUUUAGAAACACUGUAUUCUUUCCCGACUUGGCAAAGCCAACAUAAACAAACAGAGACCAAUGCGUUUGGACUUUUUAGCUAGAGAUGUAUAGUAAAUGUGAACAGACAAUAAUGAAUAACUCAAAAAUAGAGAAAAUAGUUCUAUAUAUUGAAUAUUAAAAUGAGCGUUUUUUCGUGUAUUUCUUAAGAAUAUAUUGGAUAUCCAGUUUAAAGAAGUUUUACAAGAACGUAAUCUAUAUAUUUACAUACGGAGUUUUACUUAACAAUCGAUAUAAACAUUAUACGACUUAAUUCAGUGUAACGGUUUUUCGUUUAUUUUAUAAGUCGAAGGUGCUACAGUUAUAUGAAAUAAUUUUUUCAUUCGCGACGAAAUUUAUCAUUUGCGAACAUAAGAUGUCAUUUGAUUUAACUUAAUCAUAAUGCAAUUGCUCAGUUGAUUUUUGAGAAAUGGAAAGAAAAUAUAUCUGCGAAAACAAAUAAUCUUACAUAUUUGAUAAAUGUACUUUACACAUAUAGAGUAUCUGAGCACUGUGCGAAUGAAAACAACUGUGAAGGGAAGGAGGGGGUAAAUGAAAAUAUAUCGCUUCGAUUUAAAAAAAUUUAUUCCAGAUCGAAAUCUGGGCGAAAUCGCUUGCCUGAAUGGCCGAAUGCAAAUCGGGGUCGAAAGAGCACUGAAUAUUAAAUCGAGGUGACGUCCGUCAUAGACUGUCCCGAGAAAGCGGAUAGAUUGUUUUUUUUUUAUUUUGCGCUGCGUUACGUACUUUAAAAGAGCUUUAUAAACUUUUUCAUUGAUGAGUGCCAAAGUGAUUUGACGAGAAUCCAAAAUAUGCUUACGUAAUCCAUAGUUUUAUUACUAUUUAAAAGUAACUGCAAUAAUUUUGCAUUAUUUUAUGCAGUUUACAAUUUUGAGGCUUAAGGCAUUGUAAAUAACGCUUUGUUUUCUCUCAAAGAUUUUUAUUUUUUUUAUUUUUUUUUCUCUGUUGGUAUUACUUAAUUUAGCGAUCGAUUAGUUCGAUAUAAUGCGUACUGUUAUCAUUGCAAUCAAUGACUGAUAAAUGUCUGACAAUUUUGCUUUCAGAAAGAUCAAAUGAUAAUACAUUGAUAAAAUGCUGUAUUUUCAUUUGCUUCUAAGUCGAAUUUCAUAUAUAUAUAUAUAGAAUAUAUUUAUUUUGUUUUUUUGGGUGUGUGCCAUGAAAAAUUUAAUCGUAAUAUAUUAUAAAAACUGUUACAAAUUCCAACGUGAUGUGACAAAAAUCAAAAUUACAAGUAAAUUUAGUGUGUAGAUAUGUUUUUGUUGAAAUACUUGUGUAAGCGUAUGUUUUCGGGUUGAAAACAUAUAUGCCAACGAUAGAACACGCAAAAACUUUGAGAUAACUUUAUUUAUCUGUUGAGUCAUUCAAUGCUGUCAUAUUGCGAUUUUUUUUCUAAUUUUGAAAUCGAUUUAAAAAAAGGGAAGGAUUGUAUGGAAAAUUCAAAUGUAGAUAAAAAAGAACUGAACCAGCACAAAUUUGAAAAGCAGCACAGAUUAGCAGCAAUAUAUACUAUAGAUUUUCAAAUCUUUUUUAUCAUUUAUAGAAAAACAUUAUUAGGUGAUGAAACGUACUACACUCAAAAUACUUAAUUUUUUGUAACUUCCUACAGAGUAAAACAACGUAAUUGUUAGUCUGUGCGUUUUAAAAUGGAAAAACAGAUGUGGUUGAUAAUAAUUAGAUGUAAGUUUGCUUCGAAUAUUGUAGUCGGAUAAAACGUUAAAGUUCGACUCCAAAAAUUCAUGUGAAGCGUUGUGCAAAAUCCAAAUUUUCUGUACUACAUAACUGAAAACUUGAGUACGAAAAAAUAUAUAUUGUCU